AUGGAAAACUCAAACUUAUAUGAAGAAAAUAUAGGAGUUGAAGUUCCAUCAGAGGAAAUUGACAUGGAUGAAACUGGACAAAUUGUUCCCUAUAUAGAUUUUGAAAAUUUGCAGGACCCUAUAUCGCGUCAAUCAAAGAAUCCAGGUUUCUUUUACGCUAUACAAAUAGAUGUUGAUGGUCGUUUAGCUAAUUGUUUUUGGGUUGAUGCUAGAUCUAGGAUUGCUUAUAAGAAUUUUGGAGAAGUGGUUGUUUUUGAUCCGACGUAUUUAAUAAAUAAAUACAAGAUGCCUUUUGUUUCAUUUAUCGGGGUUAAUAAUCAUCAUCAAUCUAUUUUGUUUGGUUGUGCUCUUCUUUGGGAUGAAAUUCAAGACACUUUUGAGUGGUUACUUCGUACUUGGCAAGAGACAAUGUUUGGAGUGGUACCUCGUACAAUUAUAACUGAUCAGCAUGCUGCCAUAACAAAUGUAUUUGCAAGGGUAUUCCCUAACAGUGCACACCACUUUUGUAUGUGGCACAUAACAAAAAAGAUUUCGGAACAUCUAAGUCAUGUUUAUCAUCAGUACGACAAUUUCAGUAGCAAGUUUAGUUGGUGUAUUCAUGGUAUGACAACCCCUGAGGAAUUUGAGAUAAUGUGGAGUGAAAUAAUGAAAAUGUAUGAUUUAGAAGAAAAUAGUUGGUUGCAGAUAAUAUAUGCAAUUCGUGAAAAAUGGAUACCUGCAUAUGUGCGUACCACUUUCUGUGCAGGCAUGUCAACAAGUCAAAGAAGUGAGAGUAUGAAUAAAUUUUUUAAGGAUUAUUUAAAUUCUAGUACUCCAGUGAGUGUAUUUGUAUUGAAAUAUGAUAAAGCUAUUGACGCUCGAUAUGAUAAAGUAAGGGAAAAGGAUUACAACACUAAAUAUUCAAGGCCUGUCUUGAAAAUUUCGUAUCCUAUGGAGGAUGAAGCAGCGAAAAAAUACACUAGAAAAAUAUUUCAGAUUUUUCAAGAAGAACUAAUUCAUUCUCAAAAAUUUGUCUCUGAAAAGUUUGAGGUUAAGGAUGGAAUAAAUGUUUAUAAAGUGCAUCAGCUUCAAAGACAAAAGCCGAAAUAUAUGGUCAGUUUGAAUCUUCCAUUGAAACAACUUGUUUGUUCGUGCCACAAAUUUGAGUUCAUGGGAAUUUUAUGUAGACUUGUACUAAUAGUAUUCAUAAAGAAACAGAUUCUCUCACUUCCAGCACAUUAUUUGUUAGAUCGAUGGACUAGAAAUGCAACCAAAGAAAAAGCUAUUGACCAUCUGAGUGAAAUAACUAAUGUGAAGCCUUCUACUCUGUGGUUUAAUAAGAUCAUGAUGCAUUUUAUGGGGCUAGCUAAAAAAGCUACAAGGUCUGAAAAAUAUUAUUUGUUCGCACAUCAAAGAUUGUUGCAAUUGUAUAGAGAACUUGAUGAAUUUCCUUAUGAAUCUGAGGAAGAUUGUGUAUCGAAUGAUCAAGUUGGUGAGAAAUAUUGUGAAAUGAAUCAAGUUGCUGAAAAGGAUUGUGAAAUGAACUCAUGUGAACAAAGUCAAGAUGUUACUCUAUUUGACCCUUCAGUAGUGGUAACUAAAGGAUGUUCGGAAUCUUUUAGAAAGAAAUAUGCUUUCGAAGUUGCUCAGAAGACCAAAAAAGUUUCUUCUCAGAAGAAUAAAAAAGUUUGUUCUCAAAAAAUUCAAAAAGUUCCCUCUCAGAGGCCAAAAAGGCAAACAAAAAAUAUGAAACUUAACAAAAAAGAGACGAGUUCAAACUCUAAUGUCGAAGCUGAACAAAAACGUACAACAACAUCUAAUGAGGCUAAUGCAAUGAAUUUUAUCAAGGGUAUAUUGAGAGCACUGAUUAUGCUUAUGCCACCUCAUUUACGGGAGCCGAAGUCAAAGGAUUUUUUCAAUUAA